GACAUCCCACGUUCCUGUCGGAAGCCGUCCCCGCUCGCAACGGGCUCGUUAUCAUCGAUGAUCAUGUCGCGUCCAGCAUCGCCGCAGCCACCGGUGCCAUUCUCAGAGUUUGAGUAUGCAUUUGAUCCAGCGCUCUCUGAACUGUUUCCUCCUCUUCCAGCACCGCUACCAUCAUCUGCAGACCUAUUUUCCCCCUCAGAAACCACGGAUCUCCUGGGGUUCCUAGAUAACUUUAACUGGGACUUUGAACCUGAUCUGUUGCUGCCGGACGCUCCUAAUCCACCCCAACCAUCUUCUACAGCUUCUAUUGCCCCUCCCUCACAGCCGUUGAUGGUGGCUGACUGUCCCUCUGUACUCCCCGUUCUCCCGAUGACAGUCCCAUCCAACACAGCGGACGACGAUGUCAUAGAGUACGAGGAAGACGAGUUUACUUCCGGGAAGGGCUCGCUGCGGAGUAAAUCACAAUCACGUACGAGGUCUGCCAGGCGGAAAGAUACAUCUGAAUCGCGGCAGCCUGCGAGAGCCAAAGCUCUCUUGUCCACUCCCCAGAAGCGACUCAAUCAUAUCAUGUCAGAGCAAAGGCGUCGGAACGCAAUACGUGAUGGAUAUGCCCAGCUGAUAUCACUCAUUGCUCCUGCUGGCGCACAGUCCAUCGACCUGCCAUCCAGAGGGAGACCUAAGGGCAGCGGGACUAACUGCAAAGGUCACACUAAAGGCAAAAGCGGGGUCCUGUUCCGCGCUGUGGAGUAUUGUCGUUGGCUGGAGGAAGGGCGAGAUGCCCUCAGAGAAGAGGUCUUGUGCUUGGAGGCUGCAGCUGGGAUCAUUGCACCGCACUGAAGGCGCAGGCACCCGGCCGGUUUGUUGUGCUCUUGACAGGCGUGAAUUUAUUGUAUUAGUAUAACGUGCAUAUGAAUUAAUGUAUAUGUGUAGCCUAUAUUCGUGUAAUAGCCAUCGCCAUCGAUGGUGAACGUGCA